CGGUCAUGUGAUCAGCUGUGACCAAUCACAGCUGAUCACAUGGCACUGAUGAUCAGUGUAGCCCCAGCAGUGCCACCUGUCAGUGUCCAUCAGUGCCUUGUGUCAGUGCUCAUCAGUGCCUCUUUCCAGUGCCCAUCAGUGCCACAUCAAUGCCACAUAUCAGUUCCUACCAGUGCACAUCAAUGCCAGAUAUCAGUGCCCAUCUGAGCUGCCUUUCAGUGCCCAGUGCCAUAUAUCAGUGUCAUAUCAGUGCCCAUCAGUGAUGCCUGUCAAUGCCACCUACCAGUGCCUCCUCAUCAGUGCCCAUCAGUGCCACCUAUCAGUGUCCAUCAGUGCAGCCUAUCAGUGCCCAUCACUGGAGCCUCAUUAGCGCACAUCAGUG